UCGUCUGCUCCACCUUCACCUUCCUUAUCAUCUGCUUCACCUUCAACUACUACACCAUCUUCUGUCUCACCUUCUUCCACACCACCGCUUUCUAACUGUCCACCUGCACCACCCUCAGCUUCACCUUCACCUGCCUCGUCAUCGUCUGCUCCACCUUCACCUGCCUCAUCAUCUGCUUCACCUUCUCCUGCCACAUCAUCUGCUUCACCUUCUCCUGUCACAUCAUCUGCUUCACCUUCACCUGCCACAUCAUCUGCUUCACCUUCACCUGCCACAUCAUCUGCUUCAUCUUCACCUGCCACAUCAUCUGCUUCAUCUUCACCUAAUACACCAUCCUCUGUUUCACCUUCUUCCACACCACUGCUUUCCAACUGUCCACCUGCACCACCCUCUGCUUCACCUUCACCUGCCACAUCAUCUGCCUCAUCAUCGUCUGCUCCACCUUCACCUGACUCAUAA